AUGUUAUCCCAAGAACAUGUUCCAAAGACCCACUUCAAACACAAGAUUUUUUUGGCAGGGAGAGAUGACAUUUUUUCAUCUGUAUUUAAGGGACUCUAUACUGAAGACAUAGAUACUCCUACAGCAGUGACCGACCAGCAUUCAAAUAGGAGAAUAUUUGGACAAAGUAUAAGUUUAAUUUAUCGUAAGUUUUCGAUAGUUGGAUACUCAGGUGGAAGCAUACAUACAUGGGCUGCACUCAAGUACAUUCCUGAUAGAAUUGCAGGUGCUUUCAGGGUAGCACCUUUGGUGAAUCCAUAUGAAGCAACCAUGACUAAGGUUGAGACACGUAGGACAUGGGACAAGUGUAUGUAG